AUGUGCAAAUACGAAAAUAUUCUGACACAAAAUGCGAGUCUAAGAUUGAAAAAAUCAGAAAUAUUGGGAUACUGGCACCACAUAGAUGCAGGAAAAACGACGACAACGGAAAGAAUGCUGUUUUAUUCUGGGACCAUCAGGUCCAUGGGCGAAGUACACCAUGGUAACACUGUCACCGAUUACAUGGAACAGGAAAGACAGCGGGGCAUUACCAUUACAUCUGCUGCCGUGUCUUUCCCAUGGCAUGGCGCACAAAUCAAUCUGAUUGAUACGCCAGGUCACAUUGACUUCACAAUGGAGGUUGAGCAGAGCCUAGCAGUGCUUGAUGGAGCUGUUAUUGUACUGGAUGCAUCGGCAGGCGUUGAAGCUCAGACGUUGACCGUGUGGCGGCAAGCCAGCGGGUAUAGAGUGCCGCGUAUCCUGUACCUGAACAAAAUGGACCGGCCAGACGCUGAUGUCAACGCAUGCAUUGCAUCAAUACGAGACAAGCUGCAAGCCACCCCGCUACUGCUGCACUUUCCAGUCACAAAGGAGGGAAAACUCAUUGGUAUUGUCGAUUUAGUGACGCGCGAGGAAAUCAUAUGGACCCAGGGGCGCGGGCAGAACUACACCCGACGAGCCCUCUCCGAGAAGGAGGACGGCCGCCAUUGGGAUACGGCCAUGAGCGGCCAUAGACAACUCAUAGACGAACUGUCCUCCUUGGACGACCGCCUCGCCGACGCGAUAAUACAGCGGGAGUCUUUGGACAACAUGGACAGCGCGGAAAUCGAAUCGGCGAUACGGAGGUGCGCCCUCAACAUGACCGGCUUCCCGGUCCUCUGCGGCAGCUCGUACAGGAACAUCGGGGUGCAGACGCUAAUGGACUCCAUCGUCGCGUACUUGCCGUCGCCUUUGGAGUGCAGCGGGGUUUUCAGGAGCUUCGGCCCGGAGCUGGCCGCCAGGGCGUUCAAAGUGCAGCACGACGACCAGAGGGGCGUGCUGACCUUCCUGAGGCUGUACAGCGGCGAGAUCGAGAAGGGGCAGAAGGUUUACAAUCUCGCGCGCGAUAGAAGCGAGCAGACAGGAUCCCUGUACGUGGCGCUGGCUGACGAGUACCGGCUCGUCGACAAGGUCUCCGCAGGGAACAUAGCCGUCGUGGCCGCUCUCAAGGCCACAAUGUCCGGGGAUCUCGUGACGUCUACGCAGUCGUCUGCGAAACGGGCCAAAGCGCAGCUUGCCUCUUGGCUUCGAGAGCCUGGACAAUUGGAGCAUCUGAUGCUGCCCAGCGCCCGGCAGCGGCUACAGGCCCUGGAAUCAGAACCUAGUCCUGAGGAGACAGCUGAAAUACUACUCGGCAUCGGAGCGACUGUGCCGGAGCCAGUAUUCCUGUGCUCCAUCGAGCCGCCGAGCGCGGCAUACCAGAACGCCCUGGAGACCGCGCUGGCUGAGCUGCAACGUGAGGACCCCAGCCUGAGGGUCAGCACUGACGAGGAAACCGGCCAGCUGGUGCUAGCAGGCAUGGGCGAGUUGCACCUGGAGGUGCUGAAGGAGCGCGUGGUGCGCGAGUACGGCAUCGAGGCGGAGCUGGGCCCGCUGCAGAUCGCGUACCGGGAGACGCUGCUGGGCCCCGCGCGGGCGCCCUUCCAGCUGGAGCGGCGCAUCGGCGGGGCGCGACAGGCCGUGCGCCUCGAGCUCUCCGCGCGCCCCGCCGCCCUGCGCCCCCGCGACGACCCGCUCAGACCACUCUUCCCCCACGCCCCCGCGAUCUCGUCACGGCCCUGGCUGAGACCACUCUUCCUCCACGCCCCCGCGAUCUCAUCACGGCCCUGGCUGAGACCACUCUUCCCCCACGCCCCCGCGAUCUCGUCACGGCCCUGGCUGAGACCACUCUUCCUCCACGCCCCCGCGAUCUCAUCACGGCCCUGGCUGAGACCACUCUUCCCCCACGCCCCCGCGAUCUCGUCACGGCCCUGGCUGAGACCACUCUUCCUCCACGCCCCCGCGAUCUCAUCACGGCCCUGGCUGAGACCACUCUUCCCCCACGCCCCCCGCGAUCUCGUCACGGCCCUGGCUGAGACCACUCUUCCCCCCACGCCCCCGCGAUCUCGUCACGGCCCUGGC